UCUCACCUCCAGCGAGCCGGAGCACCCUCCUCCUCUUCCUCCUCCUCCUACUCCUCCUCUUGGUUUGUUCAACCCGCCUGCUCUAGUCCACUUUCCUCUCUCUCUCCUUCUCUGCUGUCUCUUCCUCUCUCUUUCUCUCUGUCCUCCACUUCUCUUCAGCUGCCAGAAGCCUAGCAGGCUCGCCACUCUUCAUUCACGUGAGGAUCCAGAAGUGCUCCGGAGGAACACCUUGUCACAGAAGCAGCUGAGAUGGCAAUGACCAGCAUCCUCACCGCUGAUGACAUCAAGAAAGCUCUCGAUGCAUUUGCAGUUGCUGAUUCUUUUGACCAUAAGAAAUUCUUCGAGAUGGUGGGUCUUAAGUCCAAGUCCUGCGAUGAAGUGAAGAAGGUCUUCACGGUGCUAGAUGCCGACAACAGCGGCUACAUAGAGGAGGAAGAGCUAAAAUUCGUCCUAAAAGGUUUUUCCAAAGAUGGCAGGGACCUGACAGACAAAGAGACCGUAGCCUUUUUAAAAGCAGCCGACAAGGACGGAGACGGCAAGAUUGGAGUUGAUGAAUUUGCUGCCCUUGUGAAAGAAUAAACAGACACCUGAAUCACGCUGACCCCCCCCCCCCCCCCCCCCAGCCCAUCAGCACAUCCUGACCCCGGCCUCACCGCCUCCCCCACCUCACCAGCUCCCCCGCCCGCCACACUGAAGUUACUUCACUACAACCGCUUCUCUCCUCCACCUCCCCUGACUGCUGUUCUCACAGAGUGCAAUGCCACAGGGAAGAGGGCUCCAGCUACAUAUUAAAUACCCCAUAGCAGCAUUUCCCCUAUUUAUUUGAUCCUUUUUAUACAAACUGCUGUUGAUUUUGUUCAUAUAUAGAUACGAAACACACCUGCAGAAAUACACCUUAAAGCGGGAUUUUAAGGAAACAUGUCCUACUGUGUUUCUGACUGUAACUUAUUCCUUAUCUCUUUGUUUUUGUUGGGCUGUUCCUCUGCUCACAUUCCCUCUUUCUCCCUUCUUUUCCUGCUCUUGAAGUCACUUCUGGCCCAGCGACCUUCCUGCACCCAUUCCCCACUGCCUUCUCUCACCAUCACCCCGCCAGUCCUUCAAUCUAUCUACUGUCCAUCACUUUCUUCUCUGGAAAUGAGCUGUUGUAAAAUACUAAGAGUAGAAACAAGUCAAGCUGUGAAAGAAUAAAAUAAAGGACUAAAAAAGAAAA